CACUGCCCAACCUCGGAAUGCGAUCAAUGCCGUGCUGUGCUCCAUUUAGAAAUGAGGCGGUGAGGCCCUCACCUUCCCAGCAGGGCCCAGAAACCCCACUCCCGUCCCAUGAGUCCGCGGAGCUGAGUCAAGGCUGCUCUGGGAGAGGGCCUCUCCUGCCCAGCUGUCCCCUCUGCGUCAUGUGCAGGAGGCCAGGCAGCUCGUCUUACAGGGCCAGGCCCACCUCUAUAUAUAGCCCACCGAGACAGCUGUAGACGGAGCACAACCCAGCAGGAAAGCAGGGAACAGAGAGAGGAGGCCCCUGGCACCCCUGGUCGCUGCACCCUAGGCCGCUCACCAUGGCGCUGGGCUUGGAGCAGGCGGAGGAGCAGCGGCUAUACCAGCAGACGCUCCUGCAGGACGGGCUCAAGGACAUGCUGGACCACGGCAAGUUCCUGGACUGCGUGGUGCGGGUGGGCGAGCGCGAGUUCCCGUGCCACCGCCUGGUGCUGGCCGCCUGCAGCCCCUACUUAAUAUUACUCAGCCUCAAGAACCAGCCCGAGCUGCUGCGGAAGGUGCAGAUGGUGAAGGACGCGCACGAGGGCCGCCUCACCGUGCUGCGCAAGAAGAAGAAGGAGAAGGGGAAGGAGGCGGCCGGGCCCCAGGCGGCCAGCAAGGGCACCGGGGACGCCAAGGCCGAGGGGGAGGAGGAGGAGGACGAGCGCGUCCUCCCUGGCAUCCUCAACGACACUCUGCGCUUCGGCAUGUUCCUGCAGGACCUCAUCUUUAUGAUCAGCGAGGAGGGCGCCGUGGCCUACGAUCCGGCGGCCAAUGAGUGUUACUGCGCCUCCCUCUCCACCCAGAUCCCCAAGAACCACGCCAGCCUGGUGACGAAGGAGAACCAGGUCUUCGUGGCCGGGGGCCUCUUCAUCAACGAGGACAACAAGGAAGACCCCAUGAGCUCUUACUUUUUGCAGUUUGACCACCUGGACUCAGAGUGGCUGGGGAUGCCGCCGCUGCCCUCGCCGCGCUGCCUNNGGGGUGGGGGGGUGGGGGGGUGCAGAGACAGGGACCCAGUGUGUUUACCCUCUCCCCUCCCCUCCAGGUCGUUCAAAUGGGGGGAGUCGGACCCGCUGCCAUAUGCGGUGUACGGCCACGCGGUGCUCUCCCAUAUGGACCUUGUCUACGUCAUUGGCGGCAAAGGCAGCAACCGGAAGUGCCUGAACAAGAUGUGCGUCUAUGACCCCAAGAAGUUCGAGUGGAAGGAGCUGGCUCCCAUGCAGACGGCCCGGUCCCUCUUUGGGGCCACCGUGCAUGAUGGCCGCAUUUUUGUGGCCGCCGGGGUCACGGACACGGGGCUGACUAGUUCCGUGGAGGUGUACAGCAUCACAGAAAACAAGUGGGCACCCUUUGAGGCCUUCCCGCAGGAGCGCAGCUCGCUCAGCCUGGUCAGCCUGGCGGGCACCCUCUAUGCCAUCGGUGGCUUUGCCACUCUGGAGACUGAGUCCGGGGAGCUGGUCCCCACAGAGCUCAACGACAUCUGGAGAUAUAACGAGGAUGAGAAGAAGUGGGAAGGUGUCCUGCGGGAGAUUGCCUAUGCCACCGGCGCCACCUUCCUGCCCGUGCGGCUCAACGUGCUGCGCCUGACCAAGAUGUGAGCAACCUGGAGGGCCUGAACUCAGCACCGUCCCACCCCAUGGCCCACACAGGCCGGGCCUCCUGGGGGCUCCAGGGAGGAGGCUGGGAGAGGCCAGAGCCCACCUGGACCUGUUGUAAUGGCCGAGUGGCUGCUUCAAUGGGAAGGUGAUAGCUGCCCAGUCCUAGCCUUGGGGCAGGGACGAGGAACUUAAGGCCUCUCUGGGGUCUCCGGUCUCCACCAUGUCCCCCUGUUCUUGAGCCAGAACCACAGGGAUAUCAUCCCCGGCUGCAUCCCGGCCCUGUCCCAGCCCGGCUGUGUGCCAGAAAAUUCCCCACAAGCCCCAGUCCUGGCUGUCAGAGGGGGACGGUCCCCACGGAGUGCUCCCGGCAGCACAGAUAGGGCUCCUUCUGUGAGAAGAAUAAAGUGCCUUCUGAGCGGGCAGCUCCGGGUCCGGAAGCCGGGGCUCCAAGA